UCUGUCAUCCCUUCCUCCCACCCUCGCUCUCCUGCACGGAGCUGCGGUAUAAGAGAGGGUCUCCUGGGUCUAGUUUCACUGCAGUGUAGAGGAGGGCAGGACGGCUGUUUUAGUACGAUGCGCUGAAGGAUGGUGCACCAAGAGAAACGCAUUUACCAGGCCCAGAGGAAUGAGAGAGAGUCCAUCAGGCAGAAACUUGCCCUUGGCAGUUUCUAUGACGAUGAGCCAGUCAUCUACACCAGCUGCAGCAAGAACGGCCCUUCGUCUCGGCUGCAGAGUGGGGUGAACCUGCAGGUGUGUUUUGUUAAUGACAGCAGCAGCGACAAGGACAGCGAUGCUGAAGACAGCAGGACAGAGACCAGCCUAGACACACCGCUGUCACCUGUGAGUAAGCAGAGCUCAUCUCUGUCGGACCGGGAUACUGGAGAGGAGGAUUCAGAUCCUUUAGAUGACUGCGGUGGGUUUUGGCGAGUGCAGCGAAGGCUGCAAGAGGAGGCCCGGGUGGCGUUGGCUCUGGCUCGACCCAUGGCCCGCAUGCAGGUGGAGGUAGAGAGGCAAAUUCAGCUUCACAGACGUUCACCUGUGGCUGACUUGCUUCCCCAUUUGCCCCACAUCAGUGAGGGUUUAAUGAAGAGGAAUCUGAGGCAAGGGGACAUGAGAGACAUGAGUCUUGGACAGCUGCAAGUCAUCACGAAUGAUUUGCAUUCACAGAUUCAGAGUCUAAAUGAGGAGCUGGUACAGCUGCUGCUGAUGAGGGAUGAGCUGCAUGUGGAGCAGGACGCUAUGCUAGUGGACAUAGAGGACCUCACCAGGUGAACCACAGUUUUUCUCCACCUCAGCUUCUUAGCUGUCAAAGGCAUGCACAUAGCCAUCAGCGGCACCAGCCAGAGAAAGGCAUCUCUAAAUAAACACCUUGUCUACACAUGUGUCUGUAUGCACGCCGUCCGAUUUCCCACUCUACGGACUGCUACCAGUGUUGCUAAUGAAACUUCAUCUGUGCUCACUGUAUCUGGAGAGUUGAAUGCAGCAUAUAGAGUAGUAUUAAGACACAUGUGAUACGUUGCGCCACAUCUUAGAACCUCAAAACACAACAUCUACAUGUGUAAGAUCACCAAUUUCAGUAUUGACAGAUGAGUUUGUGCAGGCGUUCCACUUCCACUCAGCAUGAUUGUCCCCGUCAUAUUUCAUAAAAUUAGGGGAGUCGAGUUGAUUCCGUCCCUGAUCUUUAUUUAGCACUCAAUGAUUUUGGCACGGCUGGGUUGGAGAGAGCACCACCAUACCUUGUGUCUCUUUUUUUUUUUAUGAAAAAGGAUGAUGAGUUGAGAUCUUGAGGUCUUUUGUUUGGCUCUAAUAAUCAACAGGGUUCUUAGAAAUGCUCUGUUCACUUGUAUAUCGUUCACUUCACUAAAAGCACUGUGACAUUGCCGUUUAUCACUCUCAUUCACUAUCAAGCAUCACAUACCUGAUCUGGUAUAAUAGGAAACGAUAAGUACUCUGUAUUUGUUACAUUUAAGAAACUGCUUUCCAGAAAGUUCCUAAAAAAAUCUUUAAGACUCAAACCUUAAUAUAAUUAAAUAGCUGCUACAGUUUCCACCUCCUUUAAAGACAUUUAGAGCUUUACUGGACAGUAUUUUGACCUUUAUUUGGGCAAAUCUGUAUUUGUCAAAUGUGAUGAUCUGCUCAGUAGAAGACACAAAAAGUUCUUUUUUUUUUUCAAAGUUUACACAAAGCUGUAAAAAGGAACAGGCAUCUCCACACAGAUAGUCUCUUAAUAGAAAUAUGCAAUUCCAUUUUCUUAAUUUAAUAACGAUCAGAGAUGGUAAACACAAAUGUAAAACAUAUAUUAAUAAAUCGCAGCCUAAGCGUAUAUCUAUUUUAUCUGUUUCAAAUGUUUAUGUAUGUAAAUGUUAAAAUAUACUUUAUUAAAAGGAUUAACAACAUGCCUUGUUGUGUUUUAGUGUUUUAAUUCUAAGCUUUUUAAGAAUGUCAUUUAACACAAAGUCACUUUUUUAUUUUCCUUGAUUCAUGAACACAUGUAUUCUAUAAUGAUUGUAAAAAAAAAAAAGACCAGAAAAAAAUGAUUCCGUAAUAAAUGUUUCAAGUGUGUCGACUUU